AUGGUUUCUCCAAGAUCAAUCCUCAAAUAUUUCCUUGCUGUUGCACAAGAAGAAGGUGUUGGUGCAAAAGUUAGAAGAUCAAUAGGUACGAUGCAAGUUCGUAAUUUCACACCUUUCUUAAUGUUGGAUCAUUUCAACGUUUCACCUCCAGCUGGGUUCCCAGAUCAUCCUCAUCAUGGUCAAGAAACAAUCACUUAUCUAAUCAGUGGGAAAUUCGCCCAUGAAGAUUUCACUGGUUCCAAGGGGAUUUUAAACCCAGGUGAUUUACAAUUCAUGACUGCUGGUAAAGGUAUUGUGCAUAGUGAAAUCCCUGUUGCUGCUGAAGAUGGUAAACCUGUCACUGGUAUGCAACUAUGGGUUGAUCUACCAAAAGAAUUGAAGAAUUGUGAACCUCGUUAUAGAGAUUUAAGAGCUAAAGAGAUCCCUGUUGUUAAACCAAAUGAUAAAGUUACUGUUAAAGUCAUUAGUGGGAAAUCUUAUGGUACUGAAUCUGUUAAAGAAUUAGCUUAUACUCCAAUUGAUUAUUAUGAUUUUGAAGUUGCUCCAGGUGGUGAGUUCCAACAAGAAUUCCCAAAGGAUUUCAAUGUGUUUUUAUAUGUUAUGGAUGGUAGUAUCUCUAUAAAUGAUACUCCAAUUAAACAAUACAAUGCAGUGUUUUUCAACACUGAUGGUGAUGGAGUUGUUGGUAAAGUUCCAGCAGAUGCUAAAGAAACUGCAAGAUUUGUUAUAAUUGGUGGUCAAAAAUUAGAUCAACCAAUUGUUCAACAUGGUCCAUUUGUGGAAACUUCUCGUGAAAAGAUGUAUGAAGUAUUUAUGAAUUAUCAAACUGGUCAAAAUGGGUUUGAAAGAGCUAGAGGAUUCGCAUCUAGUAUUGCUAGUGGUGUUAAAGAAGAAGAUUUAGUUAAUGUUUUGACACAUAUAUUUUUUUUUGGGUAG